AUGUGUCGUCUAGGAACUCUUGUACGCAAUCUAGCAGCAGUGACACUCACUGUAGCGUUAAUAACAGCACAGAAUAAUGCAGAAGAUGAAAAAGGACCUGUCAAGUUUGUUCCCAUCCCGACGUUUCCACUUGUGGACGUGCCCCAGGAACCGCGUAAUGUGUUGCGCUCUAUUGAGAGCCUCUAUCAGCUGCUUUGGAUUCUAUUGGCUGCAUUAGUGGUUCUCGUUGUAUCCGGAUCCAAGUCAGGUGGUGGAGCAGCUGUGCUGGAUGCAGUCUAUAUAUUAGUGCUUAAGCUUGGGCCAGAUGAGGCUAUUCCGCUUACGAGUGUGACCAUUUUUGGGGGAGCUGUUUGUGAUCUCUUUCUGAAUCUCUGGAAGAAAUCGAUCAACUCGAAUUCUUCUUUGAUUAACUGGGAUGUUAUUCUAGUCAUGCAACCAAUGCUACUCAUGGGAGCUGGCUUUGGCGCAUCGAUGAUCAAGUGGCUCCCUACUUGGCUGCUUAUCGUUGCGCUGAUUGUGUACCUGGCAUAUAAUGGCAAGGAAGAGCUCAAGAAAACUCGUGCAUUAGGCCAUGAUGAGGGUUGGCGGUGGUGCAGCAGCAGCGACUCGAUGUCGUUACUUGGUGCACUAUCAAUGAGCUUCCAGGACGAUGACGGUGAAUUCCAGUACAAGGCUAGUCUUCCUUGGCGUAAGUUGGGGUUCAACUUUGGGCUCUUUGCUGCCACGGUGCUUCUCAUAGCACUACAGGGUGGCAAAUACUUUCCCAGCCCGCUCGGAAUUCCUCCAACAUCCUUCUUCUUCCUGAUUGUGGCCAUGCUGCCAUUCAUCUUCCUUUCGAUUGUUUCGCACUAUCAGAUGAAAGAAGUUGUAGCGACGCACCAGAGGCAGCAACACCCACGAUUUAUCCUCGCGCCGAAUGAAGUCCAGUGGUCCCCCGAUUCAAUCAGAAAGCUGCCUCUUCGUUUACUGGUAAUCGGAGCGGUUGGAGGAGCGUUUGGCGUAAGAGAUGAAGAGACGACGCGGGGUUUGCUGCGUGGAGUCAACUUUACCCCAGCUGCAGCGUCGGCCAUGUCAUCUACUGCUGUGUUCUUUGUCAGUGGCAUGGCGUGUUUUGACUUUUUUCUCUGGGGCAAGUUGGAUCUGAAUCUAGCCAAGCUUUUAGUGCCUCUAGGUUUCGUGAUGACUUUGUUUGGUCGCCUGUGUCUGAUGAAGAUUGUUUGCAAGGCAAAAGCCCGCACUUUGCUGCUUUUCGCCAUUACCACGGCGCUCUUUAUCAGUAUUUUUCCACUCAGUUUAUUGGUGCUCCGUACUCUUUUGAGGUUUUAG